UAGAACUAAAUAAAUAUGUUUUUAGGUUUAUUUAUAAGUUUUAUUCAUUUUAAGAUAAAACAUAAUGCUUUAAUAUUGCAUAUAUAUUUAGGCAUGAGACUGCAAAUGAGAUACUUGCUGAAAUAAAAAAAACAUGGUGCAUGUUAUAUCCUGGGUACCAAAAUCAAGGGUUGAAAUGCAAAAUUACCCCCCUUAAAUCAAUUAAACAAAUAGGACCAACUUGUGGAUUGGUUGUAUUAUGCAUGGCUGAACCUUUAUCAGAUUUUAGUGAACCUCGCGUGACAAUUGAUUUAUUGUAUAAUGAAGCAAAAAAACGAGGUUUCACUAAAUUAGGUGAAAUGUUUUCUACUUCCCAAAUGUGUGAAAUGGCUGAUUUAUUUUUAGCUAACUGGUACAAAAUUUAUCAUAUUAAUUAUUCACUCAUCAAGGAUAAGUCAUUUAUUGUAAAAUUGAUAAAAGAUGAUUGUUUAAUCAUUAUAUGUUAUGAUGAUGAUCGCAAUAUGAUGCCAACAGUUAACCAAGGACACACAGCACACUGGGCAAUAAUUUGUGGAAUGAUAGGAGAAGACCAUGUUAUAGCGAGACAUGGAAAAAAAUCAAAAUAUAGUGUGUGGCCCAUAAAUGAUUUAGCAGCUAGUAAUGAUGGAUUAAUAGAAGUGAAACCUACUUUAUAUCUAAACAUGGAUCAUUACGUUAUACCUAAAGAUGGUAUUAUAAAAAAAAGUCUAGCAUCACAAUUCAUGGUUUUAAAACCAAAGAACAAAUCUAAAGUAAUUAAUUCAUUAACUAUAAUAAUAUAGAGUGCUUAAUAAGUUAA